GAGGCAAACCCUUGGCCAAACUUCACCAAAAGACUUUGUUUAAUUUCCAUAAAGCUCAAACAAACCCAAAGAUAACCCUAGCAAGAUAAGAUGGGAAGGGGAAAGAUUGUGAUCCGAAGAAUUGAUAACUCAUCAAGUAGGCAAGUGACUUUCUCUAAGAGAAGGAAUGGAUUGUUGAAGAAAGCUAAGGAGUUGGCUAUCCUCUGUGAUGCACAAGUUGGAUUGAUCAUUUUCUCAAGUACAGAAAAGCUCUAUGAAUUUUCUAACACAAGUAUGAAAUCAGUUGUUGAACGAUACAAUAAAACGAAAGACGAGCAUCACCAAUUGCAAAAUCCAGUUUCAGAACUGAAGCUUUGGCAGAAAGAGGCAGCAAUAUUGCGGCAACAGUUACAGGAACUGCAACAAAAUCAUAGGCAAGUCAUGGGGGAACAGCUCUAUGGGUUGACUAUUAAGGACCUUCAAAAUCUGGAGAAUCGACUAGAAACGAGCAUAAGAGGCAUCCGUAUGAAAAAGGAGCAAAUAUUACAUGAUGAGAUUCAAGAGCUAUCUCUGAAGGGGAGCCUAAUGCAUCAAGAAAAUUUGGAACUCUUCCACAAGGCUUUUGGUACAAGGGAUGCAAAUGAAGUGAAUGGAAACAGCAGUACUCCAUAUUACUUCACAGUUAGUAGGGAAGUGAAUGCCCCCAUCCAUCUGCAGUUAAGCCAGUCUGAGCCACACAAUUGUGAGACUCCUGCAAGAGUAGUAUCUAACCAAAGGUAAAAGUCAAUGCCAAAAAUAAAGGCAAAUGACUGAAAAGUUAGAACUACUCAGCAGCAUACAGAAAAAGCCAACAAAAGUUAUACUGGGGUUUCAGUGAUUAAAUAUUGUGUUGUUGUCAUGUAGUAACAAAGCGAGAUCAUAAUUAUGAUGUAUUGUACUAUAUAUGUUACUCAUACUAAAUGGAAUUAUAUGUAAAAUCCUUGCUGCAAUACAUUUCAAGCAUUUGAUGCUUUAUACUAAUAGAACAGGCGA